AUGGGCAACGGCACCGCAAGGUUGAGGGAGGACUGGCGUAAAGACUUGGAAACGGGUACUUCAGAGUAUGAUUAUAUGAAUUGCGGUUUGACACCAUCAGUAUUAGCUACGAUAAAAGGUGACGAAGUUGAUGAACAGCGCCCCAUUCCCAUUGGGGAGGGUGUGGCGAGCAAGUGUUCUUAUCGUUCUGAGCCAGUUUUGCUAGAUGAAGUAUUGGGACCUGCCGACAGUGAGACAGCGCGAUACAGAAAGAAGAAAACAAUUGGGAGGGGGGCAUUUGGCGAGGCGCAUAUUGUGGAUCGCAACCCAGCCUACGCAAUGCCACCACGAAAGCAUGUAGUGAAAGCAGGAGACAAUUUACAGGGAGAAAAACGAGCUGGUGAUGAUGUCCCUCGCUUCUUUGUGGCCAAAGUGACACAUUUGACCUGUAUGUCGCCGAGUGACAGACAUUAUGCUCAGACUGAAAUUAUGUGCCUCGCUUGUAAUUAUCAUUUUGGAAUUAUACAGUACUUUGAGCACUUUUUUAUAGACAACGAGGAUGAGACAAUUAUCAUCAUAACUGAGUUUGCAGAUGGAGGGGAUCUGUACCACAUGCUCUAUAGGGAGCAGACGAAGUUUUGUCUCCCAGAGACUGAGGCCGGAAUUUACUUUGUGCAGCUGCUACUUGGUCUUGACCAUAUUCAUCGCCGUCGGAUGAUUCAUCGUGACGUAAAAGCGGCAAAUAUUUUUUUAACCACGCGUGGGUUUUUGAAACUCGGUGACUUUGGCUUUUCAAGGCAGUACGACUGCACCGUUUCAAACCCAAUAGCCUGCACCUUUCUUGGUACGAGCUACUACCUCGCCCCAGAAAUGUGGCGAGGACAGCGUUACGGCAAGAAGGCAGAUAUCUGGGCGGCUGGAAUAGUUCUGUGUGAACUGUUGGGGAAGCGGCGACCAUUUGAGGCGGACUCUAUUUUAAAAAUGAAGGAGCUUGUUCUCUCUGGUGCAAUGUGGCUGCCCCCCAUUCUUCCCGAUAACACCGGCACCUCACCAGGGGAGCGUGAGGAGCAAAAGGAUAUGGGCUACGUAUCCAGAGAGAUGCGGGAAUUUAUGGAGUUUAUUCUGCAGGAGGAUCCGGACAAACGGCCAAGCGCCUCCCAACUCCUUAAAACGCCAUUGAUGCAGCACUACCUCUGUUUAUUUAAGAAACGUGUGGAUCGCAUGAUUGCCCUGGAUGCCGAAAUGGAGGAUAGAUAUAAGGCGGAUCCUUCAGAGUUUGCGGAUUCCUUGCCCACGUAUCAUUUUUCACUGGAGGAACAGGCAUUGGUGCUGAGCGGAAUAGCAGAAGGCGAGGAGGUGAUUCACCUGGAGAGGGAGCGGGAGAUAGCAACAAGCACCACUCCCCGCUUUGAGAGCAUGGUCUAUAAGGAGACAGCUGGUGGUCAGUGGAAGGAACGCUACCUUAUUCUCGCCGAUGGGUUUCUGACAGUGACACUUGCAAAGGGAAAGAUGGCGGCGGGCUCGGGUGAACGCAGUAGGAAGGUCCCGCUUCAAUCAAUCAACGCCGUUGCGCCAGUUGUUUUUGACCUUCCAGUCACAGCUGAAACGAGUGGAGAAACCGGUUCUUUUCAGGCACAGUUUGCCUUCGCAAUAUCUACACAAAAUUCACAGUCCAUUGUAUUCGCUACCCGGACUGAGCAGGAACGUGACCAGUGGUUGUCUGCGCUAAUUGCAGCCCUGAAAAUGGAUUAG